AUGUUAUUUUUUUUUUCCUACUGUUGCAUGGUAGACAAUAUGAUAUGCUUCACAUUCGCACCAAUAAACAAGGUUACGUACAAAUUAUAUGGAAUUUCAAAUAAUAUAUUUCCACAAGUUUAUUUUAUUAUAUAUUCUAUAUUUUCAAUACCUUUAUCAUUUUUAUUAAGUAAAUUUUCUUUAAGAAGUAAUGUGGUAUGUAGUUCACUAUUACAAUUUAUUGGGUGUUUAUUGCGGUAUAUAUAUUGGGAGAACCUAAUAAUUGUUAUGCUUGGACAAUUUAUAUCAUCAAUUGGUCAAAUAAUUUUUGUGAAUGCUCCUCCAGAAGUUUCAUUGGUAUGGUUUCCAGAAAAAGAAAGAAUCAUAUCAACAAGUAUAUCUAUUAUUUCAAAUGUACUAGGGACAGCAAUAAUUUAUUUAUAUGCGCCUUUGAUAGUAAUAAAUGAGAAGGAUCUACAAGUAUUAUUAAGUCACACGUGUUUUGUGAGUUUUAUUGGUUGUAUGAUGGUAACACUGGGUUUUGAAAAUUCUCCCCCUCCCCCAUCUUGUAGUUGUGUGGUAUCAAACACAGAAUCAUUACUCAACAUGGAAUUUCAUCCUAAUAUGUGCUUAGUUGAGGAAUGUCAAAGUGGUGACAUAUGCUACUUAAGCAUGGGCAAUCCGAUAUAUGGGAAAAAUGAAAAUAUAAUUACCAAAUUUGCAAAAGAAUUGAGACGAUUUUUAAUAGAUCUAAAAGUCGAAAUUGAGAACAUACUAAAAAAAGAAGAAAUUAUAAAAAUACUAAUAAUAUUUUGUUAUUCAGAAUGCUUAAUUAGUAGUUUUUCCGCGGACAUGUCUACAGUAUUAAACGAAAAAUUGAUUAGCAAAAAUUAUUACUCCUUAUCGGGAUCAUUAUUUAUAUGUAGCACUAUAGUAGGUAGUGCAUUACUUUGUUUUAACGCUAAUAGUAACCAUUUUAAAAAAUUAAUCAUUAUAUGUAUCGGGAUGAUUAUGUUUAUUUGUAUAUUAUUAUAUAUGACCAAUCAUCCCAUUUUUAUUAUUCUUACUAUCAGUUUAAUUGGUUUUUGGUCUGGUCCACUACAGCCAAUAUGUGUUGAAAUGGCUUCCAUAAGAGUUUAUCCCAUCAAUUCCAAUUUAUGUACUUCUAUUCUUCAAGUAAUUUCUUUUUCUGUUAGUGCAUUAUUUAUAUCAUUCUUUUCGUAUAUAUCUGCAUAUGCCAGCACUUCCAUUUUUAUCUUUUUCUUUUCCUUCAUUAUGUUCCUAAUAAGUUUAAAUUUGAAACCAGUCAUAAGAAAAGAGAAAUACAGAAAAGAUCCUUCAACUAUCAACAAUAUAUCCUUUUCGUUCAGAAGCGGACUCAUAAAUAGAAGUGCAUUAAUUCGUACGCAUAAGAAUUCCGACUUAACUACUGAUUUAUUUGAUGACAUGUUCAAUGAUGGUGAGAAUGAUGAGAACUUCUUCGAGGGACCUCUGAGGGAGUCCAUAGCGCUACCCAUUGGAGUUCUUGCUGAUGAUGCAAGUGAAGGAAACAGCGAAUGUAGUAGGAUCAGACAUAGCUGGGAUAAACACUGCGAGGAUAGGUGUACCUUGAACUGGUAUUUUAAAACUCAGGAUAAUUUUAUACAGUUAGAAAAAAAAAACAUUUUUAUAAAGAGUGAAAUGAAAAAUUUACCUGUAGAAAACCAUUAUAGAAUUAAACUGAACAGGAGUAUCAAUUUAGACAAUUUAAAAAGGGACCUUUUUUUUUAUAAUCAAAAAGUGGAAUCGCCGAAGGGGAAGACUAAAUCGUAUUCUAAAAUUUAUUGUGAUGCGUACAAUGCUCCUUUUUCUGAAGAAAAAAUGCACCUGUCUAAGUACAACACUUAUUAG